AUGGGCAUUACAGUCAUUCGUGACCUAAAAAGAGCAGCUGAAAUAUUCGAAUUUGUAAUCGAAGGAAGAUCCAUCGAUGAUAUUAUUAAAGAAAGUAAAUAUUAUCGACACCCUGAUUCAGCUACUAUUUCUUAUGCUAAAAUAGCGGAAGAAACGAUUGGGAAAAUUUCAGAUAAAGCUCUCGAUAUUGGUAUUGUUGGUGCAGGUCCAAGCGGAAUAUGCGCACUUUACGAACUUAGUAAGAUUGACCAUGAUCGAGAGAUCAAUGUUUCACUCUAUGAAUGUGAUGAUCGCAACUUCAUCUUCGAAAGAUUUGGUGGUUUGGUCCACACAAGAGCAGGACGGGUAUCUUCGACUAUGACUAAUAAUGAUGCAGUAUAUGAGAUUGGUGCCAUGCGUUUUCCAGACAUUGCCGGCCUUACUUGGUACUAUGCUGGAGAACUUUUUGGCAAGGACACAUUGGUAAAACCUUUUCCAAAUCCAGGAGCAGUUACAACGGAAUUCGUUUCCGGAGAUCGAGUUGAUCAUUAUAAAGGAAAUCAUUGGGAAGAUAGUAAUUCCCCAACACUAAAGGUAAAAGAACUGGUUGGAAACGAGCUAUGGAAAGGUGAUUAUUAUAAAAUUGGAGAUAAAACUCCAGAAGAAGUUAGCUGUUACCUAAAAGGGAAAGAUACCCCACCUGAUACUCUAAGAAAAAUACACGAUGAAUGGAAACAAUUUGUUGCCGACAAUGAUGGUACGACUUUGGGAUCCGCAGUCCACAAAAUUAUUUCUUAUUCAAUCGAUAAACUUCCGGAUAUAAAUGGAUUAAGCUCACCAGCAGAAAAAAUAAAUUACUACUUUGAGCUAUUUGGUCACUUUGGUUUUGGGACAGGUCCUUUCAAGCCAGUAUUCAAUAUGUCACUAGUGGAAAUGAUGCGCCUUCUCCUCUGGAAUUAUUAUGCAGAAUACCUCUUUCCUGUAAAAGAAAACACUGAAUUUAUUCGUAAACUUUACAGUAAAGCUAAGGACGCAAAAAAUUUUAAUAUUCAUCCAAAAUAUGUAAAAGUAUGUGAUGUUUUUCAUCGAGUGGAUGAAGGAAAACCUGCCGGAGUUGCAUUUUAUAAUUUAGAAGAUAAAAGAAACGAACCAGUCAAUAUUCCGAACAUUGAAUAUCACGAUUAUAUUAUCCUAGCUAUUCCACAAGUACCUGCCACCCAGAUCACUAGUCGAUUUGGGAGUACCACUGUUCCUAUUAAGGAUGGAAAAGUUGGAAUCCCCAGCAUUGGAAUUAGACAGAUAGAUGAAGAUAUUCUCCCUCCUUUAAUGCUUUCUACCAAGAAUGGAGAGGAAGCUGCUAAUACCCAACUGACAGCAGCUAUUGACGGCUUGCAUAUGACACGUAGCGCAAAGGUAUUUGCGACUAUAAAGACAAUAGAUGCGAACAUAGCGCCUAAAUUCGAAGGAAAGCCAAUUCAAGCUGUACUAUCUGAUUGUGGGCUGGCAUCAAGCUAUAUAGUUCCAAAUGCAAACCCAGAAUAUGAUAGCUUUCUUGUGAGCUAUACAUGGGAGGAUGAUUCAACAAGACAACAAUAUGAUUAUUAUAAUUCAAGCAAUUCCGAUGAAAUUAAAUCUACUGUAAUUAAUACUGUAUUUGGCAAAAUUGUGGAUCGUUCAUAUCGUUGGAUACGAGAUGUUAGCAAUAAUGAUAAUAAAUAUAUACUUUGGUGGUUGCAUGAUUUUUUGGGACGCGUUAAUGAUGACAAGUUUUUUUUUGAUUGGUCAGCACAAAGCUCCGCAGGAGGAUUCAAACUUGAUUUGACUAAGGGUCACUACCAAAGCGAUCUUUGCUUUCGAUAUCAUACACAUGCUGCUUCGGCACUAAAUAACCGUUUCUUUCUUGCCAGCUGUAGUUUCAGUCAUUUAGGAGGCUGGCUUGAAGGUGCUUUUAUGAGUGCCAUAAAUGCUGUUUCAGGGAUUGUAGUUUCCGCCAAUGGCGGCGGGCAAGAAGGAAUUAAUGCGUUGAAUUCUGAGGCACAAAAACU